AUGAGCUCUGAUGCCCUCCUGGAAAAACAUCAUUAAGCACACCAUCCUCUUCAGCAGGACACAACAUCCAGGUGCCCAGAUCAAAAUUGAAAAUUAUUUGGAUUUGUAUGUAGGAGAAAUCAGAAGCAAUGGACUGGCUCCUUUUCAGAACUAUCGGAAUUCUACUCAUUUUAAUGGUCAUGGUGGAGGUUAACAGUGAAUUCAUUGUAGAGGUUAAAGAGCUAGACAGUGAAAAUGGAACUACGAGAUGGCAAACUGUCAAAAGACAAAAGAGAGAAUGGAUUAAGUUUGCUGCUGCCUGUAGGGAAGGAGAAGACAAUUCCAAGAGGAACCCAAUUGCCAAAAUACGAUCAGAUUGUGAAUCUAACCAGAAGAUUACAUAUCGUAUCUCUGGGGCAGGGAUUGACCGACCACCUUUUGGAGUCUUUACUAUUAAUCCCAGAACUGGAGAAAUUAAUAUAACAUCAGUUGUUGAUCGAGAAAUGACCCCAAUGUUCUUGAUUUAUUGCCGCGCCCUGAAUUCCCGAGGUGAAGAUUUAGAAAGACCACUUGAGCUUAGAGUUAAAGUUAUGGAUGUAAAUGAUAAUCCUCCAGUAUUCACACAAAAUGUAUAUACUGCCAAUAUUGAAGAACACUGUGCUGCAAACACAUUGGUGGUAAAAUUAAGUGCUACUGAUGCAGAUGAAGAAAAUCAUUUGAAUUCUAAAAUUGCUUACAAGAUAAUAUCUCAAGAGCCUUCAGGUUCACCAUUGUUUAUUCUGAACAGAUAUACUGGAGAAAUCCGCACAAUGACAAAUUAUAUCGACAGAGAGGAGCACAGCACUUAUAGUCUCCUUGUGAAGGGCUCUGAUCGAGAUGGAGCUGCAGAUGGGCUGUCUUCAGAGUGUGAGUGUAGAAUCAAAAUUACAGAUGUCAAUGAUAAUUUCCCAACCCUAGAAGAAACUUCAUAUUCAGCAAGUAUUGAAGAAAAUUGUUUAAGUUCAGAAUUAAUAAGAUUUCAAGCAAUUGAUCGUGAUGAAGAAAACACAGACAAUUGGUUGGCAGACUUUUUCUUUGUCUCUGGAAAUGAUGAAAAUUGUUUUGAAAUACAUACAGACCCAAGAACUAAUGAAGGAGUCUUGAAAGUUGUUAAGAUGCUGGAUUAUGAACAGAUGCCCAUUAUGCUACUCAGUAUUGGUGUUAAAAACAAAGCUGAAUUUCAUCCUUCUGUGGCCUCUCACUACCGGAUCAAGGCAACUCCUGUUAGGAUACAAGUUAUUAAUGUCAGAGAAGGUUCAAUAUUUAAUCCUAACCCCAUGACUUUCAAAGUACAAGAAGGCUUAAGAGGAGGUGCCUUACUAAAUUAUGUCCUUGGAAAAUAUACAGCCACUGAUCUGGAUACUGGUACUGCAUCCACAAAUGUCAGAUAUAUCAUGGGACAUGAUCCAGCCAGUUGGUUAAAGGUUGACUCAAGGACAGGAGAAAUACAAUUUUCCAGGGACUUUGAUCCAAAAUCAAAGUAUAUUAUUGAUGGAAUAUACACAGCUCAGGUGCUGGCUGUUGAAGAUGCUAUUGGCAAAACUGCAACAGGGACAAUAUGUGUCGAAGUUCCUGAUUUCAACGAUUUCUGCCCCGUCAUUUUUUCUGACAGUCGACACAUCUGUUUAACCUCCCCAUCAAUCAUGAUCUCAACCAGAGAGAAUUCCUUUGGCUCACCCUUUACAUACUGUAUUGCGGAUCAGCCUCCAGGGACAGCUGAUGUAUGGGAUAUCAGAUCAACAAAUGGUACCUCUGCAAUACUCACAGCCACGCAACCUCUAUCACUUGGACUUUACCAAGUUCCCAUCUUAGUGAGAGACAGCUAUGACAGAACUUGUGAAUCAGCACAGAUCAUACAAUUAGAAGCCUGUGAGUGUGAUGACAACCGCAUGUGCUCUUACUACAGCUCAACUGGCAUUUACCCUGGGGGCUCCAGCAUCACCAUAAUCACGGAUGACAAUUAUGGAACCGUCACUGGUGACAGAGUUGGUGAGGGCAAUGUAGGACUUGGACCAGCCGGAAUUGGUCUGAUUGUCCUUGGUAUCUUAACACUGCUAUUGAUGCCGCUCUUACUGCUCCUGUGCUGCUGCAAACGAAAGGCACCAGCAGGCUUGGGAACUCGCUUUGCUCCUGUGCCUGAGGGGGGCGAAGGAGUGAUGCAGUCAUGGGGGAUAGAAGGAGCUCAUCCUGAGGACAGAGAUGUCUCCAAUAUCUGUGUACCAAUAACAGCCUCCAACACACAGGAUCGCAUAGACUCCUCUGAAAUCUAUACUAAUACAUAUGCUGGUGGAGGAACCGUUGAAGGAGGCGCUUCUGGGGUGUCUGGAGUUGAGCUGAAUACUGGAGUUGGAGCAGCGCUGUGUCUUGGGGCUGGAGGGCUUGCAGGAGCAGUGAAAAGACGGGGUUCCACCAUAGGAACUCUGAGAGAAUAUGCAGAAACAGGCAUGAAUAUGGCUUUUUUGGACAGCUACUUCUCUGAGAAAGCUUAUGCCUAUGCAGAUGAAGAUGAAUGUCGACCUGCAAAUGACUGCCUUCUCAUUUAUGAUCAUGAAGGAAUGGGUUCCCCUGUGGGUUCCAUCGGCUGCUGCAGUUGGAUUGUAGAUGACCUGGAUGAUAGCUACUUGGAAACGCUGGGGCCAAAGUUUAGAACUCUAGCCGAAAUCUGCUUAGACACAGAAAUUGAACCAUUUCCAUCUCCUCACCAGGCCUGGAUACCAAUCACUACGGAUCUUCCCCUACUUGGAACAAAUUACAUUGUUAAUGAAUCUUCCGCAAUGUCUCUCACCGAGGCUGGAUUCCAGGCAGAAAUGGCAAUGCCUGAUCCCAUGAUUCAUGGUGACAUUAUAGUGACAGAGUCAUAUAGUACUUCUGACCAAUGUGUACAACCAACUACCAUUAUUUUUGAACCUCAACUGGUUCCCAAUGUCUUGGUUACAGAAACAGUGAUGGCGCCUGCCUAUGCCGUUCAAGGAAACAUAUGUGUGCCUGCUGAGUUAGCCAACACACAUAAUGUGAUUUAUGCUGAAAGAGUAGUCCCAAGUCCAGGUAUGACUGCCAUGAGUAACAGCAGUAUGACCGGUGGUUGCAUGGCUCCUGGGAUGAGUGGCAGUGGGAUGGUGGGUCCUGAAAUUCAAAUGACCCAAAUGGUAAGUCCAGACGUUCAUGUCUGCCAAACCAUGGGGUCCCCAAUGACAUCUCGACGUAGAGUAACACAGCACAGUACUGUCCAAUACUUCCAGCAAUAAGGCCCUUACAGAUGAUGAUCUUGGUAAUAUUAAUGACACAUUUAUAAGUAUCAAAGUUAACUGUCACAAUAUUGAAUUAUUAUACCUUUUACUUAGCAAUGAACAUUCCAAGUUCAUGCUUCCUCUGUUGAUGCAGAGUUGGGCUACACAUUUUGAGAGAAGAUUUCUUCUUCAUGAAUUUUAAUGAAGCAACAAAGGUGUAUUAAAGGUACUUAGUCCUAAAACACAGAGUCACUAAAGCCAUCAAGUCUCCCUAAAAGAUUAUGAAAAUGCUCUGUCUCGAUGCUUGAAUUUGGCAGCAAGUAAUUACCCUAUUCUAUAUUCACCUGCCACAUUACUCUGGACCUCUAGAAAGGAAAUUGCAAUAGAGAAGUUCUUCUUUAGAAUGAUUUUGAAUAUUGAAUAGUCAUAUUUGGUUCAUGAAAACUGUACAUUUCAAAAAAGGGGGAGAGGAGAGUGAAUUUCCUCCUUGAAGAGAUCAUUUGAGACUAGAUUUCCCCUUCAAGGAUUUUUCUCGAGAGCUGAAGUAGGUAGGAUAAGCUUAAUAUAAUCUGGGAAAUGGAACUUUAUUGCUGAAUGUAUCAAUAGAAAAGGUUCAUUGCAUGGAAUAACAUAUAGAAACUAUUCAACAUGGAUGAAUUUUAAUUUGAUUGUACCUAUCAUUAUCUAUAAAUUAACCCAAAACAGCAUAAGCAACAAAAAGAACCAAAAUAACUCAUUUAUAAGUAUGAUGUAGAAUAAGUUCUUAGAGAAAUAUUUGUCUCCUUAGCCACAAGGACUUUUUAUCCCCAUAUUUAACAAUUUAAAUUAAUAAAGUUAGGCCCAUGCCAUGGGCCUUGAAAACUAGUUUAAGUAAAAUAUUUUAUCAAAUGCCUAGAAAUCUUUCAGGCAUUUGUCCUGAAGCAAUAUGGCCAUGUUCAUAAUGCAGAAAAAAAUCCCUUUUGUACUAUUAUUAAUUAAUGCUUCCAUUCCUAACCUCAUCAUUCAUGUUGAAUGAACAAACUUGAGAGCCUGAACUGCACAGCCAGCCAAUUUCUGUCUGUGUGAAAACAACUAAGGGGUGGGGGAGGAGGGAAGGAAGGGAUUAACAGGGUAGUUUUAUUUUAAUUCUGUAAAAUAUGUAAACUAUAUAGUUGUAACUAGCACAUGCAGCCAGACCAUGUUGUAAAUAUAAUAAAAUUAU